ACCCCAGUGUGCUUUGCGCCUCACUCUUGGCCAGCGCGCCUGCGCUGCCUUGAGCAGCCGGUUACUUGCGUCAGCAGCAGUCCUGCUCUCAAGCCGUGGUAGCAGCCAGGGUUCAGAAAAAUGUGGGUGUUUGGUUACGGGUCCCUCAUCUGGAAGGUGGACUUUCCCUACCAGGACAAGCUGAUUGGUUACAUCACAAACUACAGCCGGCGCUUCUGGCAAGGCAGCACUGACCACCGCGGGGUUCCCGGCAAGCCCGGAAGAGUUGUGACUCUUGUUGAAGAUCCUGGGGGCAGUGUAUGGGGUGUUGCUUACAAACUACCAGUAGGAAAAGAAGAGGAAGUAAAAACAUACCUUGACUUCAGAGAGAAAGGAGGCUACAGAACUACAACAGUCAUUUUUUAUCCAAAAGAUCCUACAAGAAAGCCAUUCAGUGUUUUGCUCUACAUUGGAACGUGUGACAAUCCUAACUACCUUGGUCCUGCGCCUCUGGAAGACAUAGCUGAACAAAUUUUUAAUGCAGCUGGCCCAAGUGGAAGAAAUACAGAAUAUCUUUUUGAACUUGCCAAUUCCAUUAGGAGACUUGUGCCAGAAGAUGCAGACGAGCAUCUCUUCUCCCUGGAGAGAUUAGUAAAGGAACGUCUAGAGGGCAAAUAGACCUCAGUAGCACAGCCACCAGCUCCUCCACCAGGCAGGGCUGUUAGCCCUCAGAAAGUAACUUCAGUCCAAGAGAGCAGUAUGAUUUGGAUAUUUUUACUUGAAGACCUUAGUAUUCACUGUUAUAAUUAGAGUAUCAUCUAAAUUUACUGUUUAUUUACAAGUGUCCUAAAACAUGCUCAUAAGAUUUGCAUACAGAGGAAGAAGGAGUUGAAGUUAUACAAGUGAUUUUCUAACUAGAUAUGAACAUUUGUUCAUUAGACAUACAGGUUUCAAGUCACUUCCUGCUUUUAUCAGAGUAACCAUGGUUUAUGGUUUAUAUGCUUAAAAUAACGUUAUUAGAAAUAUAUGGUAAUAGAUAAGGUUCCUUGUUAUUUCAGAUUAAAUGAAAGUCAAAUUUAGGCCAAAAGAAAUUGGGUUUGUUAACAUAAAAUUUUCCUUGGAAUUAUAAUGUGUUAUCUUCUCCUUUGGGGGGAAAAGGCAUUUUAUUAGAAAGAAAACAGUCUAGCACGAAUUAUGUAAAUCACAUCCACUAAUGAUAAUGUCAUUUACUUUGUAUUUAUCUCAUAAUGAAACUGGGAAAAAAAAAAGAUUUUCUGAUAAUUACCAAUUAGUGAAAACAUAAUGAAAAUGGUGUUUGAAACAGGUUUAACAAUUAUCAUUUCUCAAAGAAGUGUCAUUUCCUGAUUAUACUAUGUACAUUUUGUCACCUAAAAGGAUCAACUUUUAUGUAGCUACUUAACAAUGAAGCUAAUUUUUAAAUUAUUGACUUAUAAAAUUAGCCUUGAUUUAAGAUAAUUGGAUUAUUUCUUUAAUAUAAGGGCUCUAGAAUCAACACUAAAAGACUUUCAGUUUCAGGGUGAGUCUCCUGUGAGGCUUACUAAGAACUCAUCAGGUAUCCAGUGUGGUGGCUCACACCUAUUUUUAACUUGGGAAGUUAAAAGGGAAGAGUACCCUGAGUUCAAGGCCAGCCUAGACCUCCAGAGUCAGACCCUGUCUCAGAAGAGUAAGCCAGGCACAAUGGCUCACACCUGUAACCCAAUAACCCAAUACUCUGGAAGCUUAAAUAGGAGACUCCACAGAGUUCAGGGCCAGCCUAGGCUACAGAGUGAGCCCUUGUCUCAAAAAAAGCAAACAAAACUUCUCAACUAAUACAGAAAUAUUUCACAUGAAAAAUAAAGUUGCCCUUUAUUAAUUAAU